AUGGCUGCUGACUGGCAACCCGAGUGCCUCGUGCCUCAGAACCAGCCGUCCUUGGAGGCAGUGGGUGCUCAUUCGGAUCGAGCGCUUCAGAAUACCUCUGGGAACGUUCAGUCAUAUUCGGAUAGCCUGACACACAAUGAUGCUGGUCGAGAGGAUCAUCUCCAGCAGCUAGCCUUCAAGUAUCCUCAACAUGCUGUUGCCGCUCACCCAUUAUCAGCUCCCAGCUUAAACCACCAAGCCGUGGCAGCUCGGCUCCAUGCGAGGAAACUGCGUCGACUGAACUCUGUCGGGCCCAAUGUGGCUCCUCGACGGGGAAGAAGCUAUCUCAAGUCCCAGAAGUACUUGGAAUAUCGGGCUCGUCCUCGACGAGACACCGGUAAGGAUGGGGAGCCAGUCUGGUCCGAUGUGUUGGAAGAUGCUUUCCAGCAAGCUCUCGAAGCAAAUCCUCCCAUGGGCCGGAGGAAGUGGUCUGAGCGAGGGAAAUCAUACGGACGCAACGAGCUCAUUGCCGAGUAUAUCUUCAAAUUAACAGGCAAGCGGAGGACCAGAAAACAGGUCUCGAGUCAUCUUCAGGUGCUUGAUUCGUUCCUGAAAGGUGACCCCGAUUGGGAGCGACUUGUGCGAGAACAAUCCACAGACCGAUCAAAUGGGCAUGCAUCAGCAACCGGGCCCAAGUGGCGGACAGCUAUGGACCACCACGCGGCAUCAAGUCACUACGGGGCCCAUGGGCAUCCUCAAUAUCAUAAUCCCAUGAGGGCAGUGCAAGCUUAUGGGGACCUUCCGCCGCCGCACUAUACCCUGGGUUCCAACAUGCAAGAUGCUGGAACCAAGAAUGUCCAUGGCUUCAGCUUCGACAUGUGGGUGAGCGCACCUCAGCAGGCAAAUCGCAUUGAUAAAGCCCUUCACGCAUAUACUCGCCUUCAGGGAGACCUCCACCACCCCAUUGCCCCUCCCAUGCCCCUUGAGAACGUCAAUGGAUGGCGCUCUUCCUUUCCCCACUUGUCCUCGCUGAUCGAUGAGCUCAAUGGGCCAUUGGAAUGUGAUAUCAUCAUGCUGGAAGUGAAUCUCCAGCUGAUGACGGACUUCCCUCCUUCGGGAUCCCGACUUGGUAUUCAACUUGAUCUGGACUUUGGCCAUCCCACUGCCGGUGACGUGCUCAUGGUGAGCCAGAUGGAAAACUGGACCUGCAGCACUCGGCUAUACGAAGAUGGACGCGAGCUUCGGGAGACCUACCAUGAUCUUCUCAAACCUCAAUCGACCAAGGUCAAGCCGCUGUUCGAAUCAUCCUGGUGGGCGAGAGUCUUCACGGAGUUGACGCAGGAUAAGCGCAUUGCCGAAGACUCUGGGCAGCCUGAAAGCGUCCACGCGACUGAUGAACGCACCCGCCGCUUCUUCCGCUCCCUGUCUGCAGUACAGGAGAUACGUGCUGUCCCAGCCAGCUCGCGCCGUCUUUCGAACCAGUUCCAAGGCCAUGGCGAUGAAAGCGAGCGCAUGGCCAUUCUUGUCUGGAAGUUCCGCCAGACUCGGCCUGGAGAGGUCGGAACCACUACUUGGCGACGACUGAUCCCUCCCCCAGAUCGCACGUCAACCAACAGCCCACACCCUAACUCCGGGGUGGAUCUCCCCCCACUGUCCUUGGAUUCCAUCCUCCUCAACAAGCCAUCUCAAGGUGUCUACCAAACACCGCAACCGCAAGAUCUCAUCACCCACCAGGGCCAAUCUCAAUCACAAUGGCCGAUGUACUCUAAUUCCCACGACAGCGUGGCUAAUAUCUUUAACUCCUCCGGCCAUCUCGAUUUCCUGGCCGCAAUCACCAAGCCGGAGGAUGGCAUGGGUGAUAAAACUGCUGUAACAUCAGUGCUCGACUCCUUCUCCGCCAGCCUAGCCCCAGAAACAUCCCAGCCAACCAGUCUCGGUGCCUCCAGCGGCGGUUCUGUGAUGAUGAACAUGCACGACCUCCCUCUUUCCCACCCAAGUCUUGGUUACGCCAUGGGCCACGACGCCAGUCAAUUUGUGCCAUCGCAACAGCACGGCGUCAAUCUCCACGACAGCAACAGUGUCCUAAACGGCUUUUUCCCCGGCAGCGCCCAAUCUCUCGAUGAUCUGAGCCAUGGACAGGCCUCGUGGGGUGCCCACUCCAACUCUCUCACCGGAGACGUCAGUGCCAACGGCUACCACCACAUUCCCUUCCAAACGGAGCACCAUGUGCCCGUGUCGCGCGAGUCGCAGCAGCCGCACCACUUUGAUGGACUCAUGCCUCCAGACGAUAUCAUGGACAAGAUCGUCGGGCGCAUGUCCAAUGGUUCCGGCAUGCACGGGGCAGGCCCUGAGCAUGCUAAUGCCCCAUUCGUAGAGAAUGGCGCAGUGGAUGCGGUUCAAUGA